GCCACGUGCUAGGGGGAAGAAGGGGGAGUGCGAGUGACGCGGCUUCCUUACAUAUCACACAGUUACCCACCAUGGCGGAGGAAGAGAAGAGCGCUGUGCCCUGUGCCAUGUCCCGGCUUUCCAAGGCUCUCUCUCACACCCGACUGGAGCAGCUGGAACAAGAGGCCGCCAUGGCCGCAGCGACCCCUAGCCAAGCUCCGGCUCCCGUAGCCCGUGUGCCUGGAUCGCAGACCCCACGGAGGAGAAAGCUGUCCAACAGCCAGAGCUUGUCCGGUUCCUUGGAAAGCCUUAGCGGUAUUGGGAGCGAGGCUCGGGUGCUGGUCAUUAACACCGGCGGCACCAUAGGGAUGAUGUAUCAGAAUGACGUGCUGACGCCUCAAGCUAAUGCAUUUGCAAAAACCUUAAAAAUCUUGCCAAUCCUUCAUGAUGAGGUGUAUGCCCAGCAAACCAAGCUCUAUGAUUUUCUCGACUUUCCAGAAAAUACUUUGGUCCUCCCUUUCUCUAAACAGAACAAAAGAAUUGUAUACACCAUCUUGGAGUAUUCGCCUCUUCUUGACUCCUGCAAUAUGACUACCGAUGACUGGGCCAAAAUCUCUAAGGAUAUCAAGAAAUACUACGAGCAAUAUGAUGGGUUUGUGGUGCUACAUGGUACUGAUACUAUGGCCUAUACAGCAUCUGCACUUUCCUUUAUGUGUGAAAAUCUGGGGAAAACCAUUGUCUUGACUGGAUCUCAGGUACCUAUUUAUGAGAUGAGAAAUGACGGCCGUGACAAUUUGCUUGGAGCUCUGCUGAUUGCAGGACAGUUUGUUAUUCCAGAGGUGUGCCUCUAUUUUCAUCACAAGCUCUACAGGGGAAACAGGGUCACUAAGGUGGAUGCUGGGAGUUUUAAUGCUUUCACAUCUCCCAACUUGCCUCCACUUGCAAAUGCUGAAGUUGACAUUACAAUUAAUUGGGAGACUGUUUGGAGACCUAAUACCACCAAGAAAUUUCAUGUCCAUACUGAUAUGAACAGAAAUGUGGGCCUACUGCGAAUAUUUCCCGGGAUAACUGCUGCAACUGUGAAGGCUUUUCUGCAGCCCCCUAUGGAAGGCAUUGUGCUUGAAACAUAUGGUUCUGGCAAUGCCCCAGACUGUCGCUUGGAUUUGCUUGGAGAGCUUAAGAAGGCUACAGAGCGUGGAGUGGCCAUUAUAAAUUGUACCCAAUGCUUGCGAGGAUCCGUCACUGAUUCAUAUGCAACUGGAAAGGCUCUGACUGUGGUAGGAGUCAUUCCUGGAUGUGAUUUGACUCCAGAAGCUGCUCUUGCAAAACUUUCCUAUGUUUUAGGGAAAAACAGCCUCACUCCAGAAGAGAAAAAAAAGAUGCUGUUUGAGAAUCUCCGGGGAGAGAUGACCGUAAGCGCCACAGGAGCCAAGAUCUCUCUGCGAGACAGCAAGUUCAUCCAAGUAGUUGCUAAAUCUCUAGGCGUGAGCUGCAAAGAGGAGCUGGAAGCUGUCAGAGAUGCCCUUACGCCAUCUUUAGCCUGUGCUGCUGCUGCGACUGGUGAUAUCAAUGCUUUGGAAGCAAUAAGAGACAUGGGUGGGAACUUGAGUAGUGAAGAUUAUGAUGGUCGGACUCCCCUGCAUGUGGCAUCCUGUGAGGGUCACUAUGCUGCUGUCCAGUACUUGCUAAAUAACGGAUCCACCGUUUAUGCUAAAGAUCGUUUUGGUGACACACCAUUGAUGAAUGCUACGAAAUUCAGACAAUUGGAAGUUAUCAAGUUGCUUCGACAGACUGGUGCACAUCUCUCCUGGGAAGAGCUUGAACACAUCGGCACAGACUUGUGCAGUUUAGCUGCUCUUGGUGAUGUGGAUGGUCUGGCAGCAUGGGAAUUAGCAGGAGCAGAUAUGAAUCAAGCUGGAUAUGAUGGACAAACUCCCCUCCAAGUAGCAGAAGCUGCAGGCAAUGAAGAAGUCUUAGAAUUCUUCAGCCUAAAAAGGCCACAGGUCUUUCUAAAUGGCAUUGCAAAUGCAAACUAGCUGAGCGGUUCAUCUGUUUCCCAUGUGGAUACUGGAUGCUGUUAGCAGUGCAACAACCACAUUCCUUUUGAUAUCCAAAAGGAGCCACCAUAUCUGUUCCAUAACUCAGGUUACAGGCAUACAGCAAGUGUUGCCUCACUAAUAGGCUGAUGAGUAACACGCUGCACACUUCCUAAUGUUGUGCUCUAUGUAUAUAUAAAGAUAGACAUGGUUGUAGAGGAAAAUAGACUUUUUUUAAAUAAGUUUUAGGAACAAUUUCAAGGAGAAUUUUAUCUUUUUAGAAAAGCACACAAUUCAAUCAGUUAUGCACAAUACAGGGCUGUAAGGGUUUCAGUUAACGUUAAAGGAGAAUUCAACCCCCUAGGCGCAAAAACCCCUCCCUCCUCCUCCCAGCCUACCUCCCCCCUGGGCAAAUGCCCCUAACUUGUUACUUACCCCUCCUUCUAGGUCUUCUCCAGCGGAGUUCACGGCAGCCAUCUUCUCCUGAGCGCUCUUCUUCCUGUAUUCCCUGGUUUGGUGGCGCAUGCGCAGUAGGAGGCAUUUACCGAUAAGGAUCUACUGCGCAUGUGCCGAAAGUCACAACAUUUCUGAAAAAAGAAAUCAAAAAUUUCGUGACUUUCGGGCGCAUGUGCAGUAGCUCCGUACCGGCAAAUGCACCCAACUGAGCAUACGCCCUAAAGUCACGAAAUUUCCGAUUUUUGCGCCUAGGGGUUGAAUUCUCCUCUAAGCCUGGGGUGAGGGUCAGUCUUCCCACCUGGACCUUCCUUGAUAUGCGCUAGAUGCUCUGGUCUCAUCUUCCACAGUAUUAAAAGUUAGUGGAGCUGGUUGGCUGGUGUCCUGCUUUAAGGCAAAGCCUGAGGUGCACAAAGUAUUGCAACCAGAAAAAUUAUGAAACCCCAAUCCAGGGAUUGUGAACAGACUUCCCUGCCCAUCCAAAUCCAAAAGAAAUUGCAUUAAACGGGGGAACUUUGAGCCCUUUUUGCAGGAUUCAGCCAAACUAACUCCUAGAUCACGUGCAUCUAUAGAAAAAUAAAAUAGCUAUUGCUGGAGUGGUGGGUCUCUGCUGUUUGUCACAGCAAGCCUCAGGGACAAGGAGAAGAGCUGGAGGUUAUUUCACACUACUGGUAAGAAGUGCGACUCGUACAUAGGGCUGACUUCUGGCUGAUAUUUUACCCAUAAAGCUGGCAGUAACAAAACAAAUUAGUUUCACAUCAUUUAGGGCUCAUACCCUGUGAUGUCUGGAGUGCACUGAAACCCAUCACAAUUAAAUGACUUGUAGGCACAAACCAUUUUAGUAGUGUAACAAACUAAGAUGCAACGUAAAAACACUUGAAUAUUAUUUGUUAUAUAAGUAUUCUGUGUGCAACUGUCUGUGGUGUUUUUAACAAAUGCUCACAUAUGUGUGAAGUAUCAGCAGAUGAAACAAGUGGUGUGUUUAUUAUCCUGUGGUGAGUGCAGACAAUGGGUGUGACUCCUGCAUUUUAUGUUCAAACAUUUUAUCUUCGUGGCUGCAUGUUUAUGAAUGUAGUGUUUGUCUCUUCCCACGGCUGGGGGAUCAGAAGGCCUCUGGGUGAUGAUGGUUUUAUGUGUGUCUCAUAUGGAGCAUGGUAUUUAUAGGGAGCCAUGCUGGGACAAUUCACUGCACUCAUGGUUUUUUUAAAUGUUUUUAGCUGCUGCGCCUUGGGUACAGUUAUUUACUCAGAUUUGCUGUACUUUGUGAACACGUCCAAAAUACAUAUAAUGACACAGUAUUACUGUUUUAAAAAAUAUUUGUUGGGUUCAAAAGAGCCAUUUGUGUUAAACUGACUUUAGACCUGUAACGUUAUUUCUCAUGCUUCCAGUGGGAAUUCAGUUGCUGAUACAGUUUGCAGCUGUACACAGAGGUCUCCUGCCUCCAUGUUGAGUGCUCUGCCAAUGAUAUGUUUAAGGCAAUAUGUCAAACAAUAAAAUAUAUUUAAAACAA